AUGACGACAGCCGCACCGCUGAUCAAUAAUACUCAGUUCUCAGUAAAUGUGACCACAAAGUCUCAAGAACAAAGUCUCUAUCAAAGUUCUGGAGCAAUAGUUGCUGCCAUCGUAGUAGGAGUGAUUAUUAUUUUUACAGUGGUUCUGCUCAUAUUGAAAACAUAUAACAGACGCAUGAGAGUGAAGCGGGAGUUGGAACCCAAAACCACCAAAACAGCAAUGCCACCUGCUUUAGGGCAGAACAGCAACAGCCUGUCUCAGCACCCAACAGUGACUUUCAUACCUGUGGAUAUCCACAUGCAGAACAGGUGUCUUUCAGCCAGUAACAUGCCACACGCUUUUGUCUGCGCAAGGAGCACGCCAAUUCGUCGUGAAGUGGGAUGGAGGGCCAGACCGCUCAUGGCAGUUCGCAGCAGGGUAACUCAACACAGCCCAUCGCGUUUACUGACCAAGCAGAGUGCUGAACGGGCUCGUGGACUAGGCGAGCACUACAGGGCCGCAAGCAGAGGCCUGGGCCGUUGUGUGGGGCGGCAGCGUUGGCAGCACCGUCACGGCCCCUCACGGGCCCCGGUGGUGCAGAGAUCCCGCUGUCUUCUGUGGGGCCGCAACGGCCCCUGUUCUGCGGAGGAAGAACCCGAGCUGAUGUGA